AGUGUGAACGAAUCUGCCACUAAAGCAGCGACGAUGCCGUAAUAACUUUGUUUUACGCGUGCGCAGAAUGGUUUAUCCGUCCCUUAAUACAUAAAUUGGUUCAUUAAUUGGUUACUUUUCAACUCCCAAAAUAGUGAGCAUUGUUUUUGCAGGUGUAUUCACAUCCUGUCGAGCGGACAGGGACGUGGAUGUGAGCGGAAGAGACUCCUCUUGGUCUGUAUGUGUCUUUGAUACAUCCUGCCAUGGGCGGAAGUGUCUGGGAUUCCGCUCAGUUCACAUCGCCCCAGAUCAGUCGAUUGUAAAGGGAGUCGGGGCGAAACCGUGUGCAUCUCAUACCACAGCAGUACCAGUAGACUGGCUCUAUUCUUCGUUACAGCAAUUUUAAUGCACGCAUAAAUCUGCACGCGGGACAUGCUCCAUCAGGUCAGGCUUUUACUACAACAGACAUGCGUAGUACGUGACACGAGAGGCUAAAUUGGUACUAAUUCUAUUGGGUCUUUAUUUCUAAGGCACGUAUUUUGUUUAAGGUCUGCGCAAUCGACGUGCUCGCCUGCUCGGACACAGGAGAGGAUUAAGUUACUGUUGCUGGCGGCGGAUUAUUUUAUUGGCCUUCUCCUGUCACGCCCGAGUCUGUGGUGGUUUUUUUCUUAUUCGUGGAGCAAAAGCCAGGUAAGCAACCGUACUCACGAAUAAUAACCUCAGUAGCAACCUUCCUCAUCUUCUUAGUGUGUCUCGUGCUGUAACGAAUAACGCGUUAAUACACGGUCUUUGUUGCUCGUGCUUGUUACGUUUGUUACUCCUUGUAUUGUGUGCAGACAACAAUAGAAAUAUAUUCUUCUGUUAUUGUUGUAAUGAUAUAUAAGGUAAGCAAAAUUGUCAUUAUACACCAAGAAAACACUAUCCGUGACAGAGUGGACCUGUUUUAGGCUUUGGCUUUUCCUAUUCAGAAGUGCACAAGUGUGGAGCUUUUUCUAAUCCUCACUAGCUACUGGAAACAAUGCAGGCUAUGGCCGGCAUACCUGCUGAAACACAAUUUGCUUUGACAACUGUAGAGCAUUAGGUAGAUGGCAUAUAGAGUUACUGGUUCCCCUGCCUCAGCAGCUUGGUCACACUGCCCAACCCCCUUUCCCUCACUGCCACAGCAUGUUUUGGUCUCAGGCGGAUCAUGCCCUUUUGUCCACUGAAGCCUGACUGUACUUUUCAGGCCAGGCUCCCAGUUUGAAAGAAUUUGCCUGCUGGUUUGACAGCCCCUCUUUCUCUUCUGCUGACCAGCUCAAAUGUUGGGAAUUUGUUGGAUAAGUGUGAGAUAAAUUGAUGAUUUUUAACACAGGAUUAAGUUUGGUUUGAUGAUUACUUGAGGUCAGUAUAAUCAGCUCUCAUUCAGUCACACUUGCAGUAAAAGAAAAGGUAACUUUUGUUUCUCCACCUGCCAUUGCUUUUCUCUCUCCUCAGACAGAUAAUGUCUUUCCGGCGAGGUGUGGUGCGGCAGAGCAAGUUCCGACACGUCUUUGCCCAGGCGUGGAAAUCAGAGCACUGCAUCGACGAUGUCAGGGUGUCCCGCGUGACGUGGGACAAUCCCCUCUGCGCAGUCAACCCCAAAUUCAUCGCUGUUAUAAUUGAAGCCGGCGGAGGAGGGGCCUUCUUGGUUGUUCCCAUCAGCAAGGUUCAAAACCCUUCUGCAUUACUGAAGCAUCACAUAAACAGGAGAUCGAUAUUCUUAAAAGCUUCUUCCAUCUUUCCUACCAUUCAAUCUGCUGUUAAAAGCAACGCAUCAGCAAUUCCUUGUCUGGCUGAUGCGUUUGCAGCAGCCCUUCUGCAGUUCCAAACAAAUAGAGGACAAAGGUUAAACUCCUGUGAUGUGUUAAACUUUAUCCAACUGGCUGUCACGGUGUUAAUGAUUUUUUUAUUUUUUGUCUGUUUUUAUGACAGAGUGGGAGAAUUGAUCAGUCUUGUCCCACGGUGUGUGGCCAUGCAGCUCCAGUGCUGGACAUCCAGUGGUCUCCUCAUGACGACAACAUCAUAGCAAGUGCCUCAGAGGACUGUACAGUAAAGGUUGGUUAGCAGGAACUGAACUUGUCAAGUUUAUGUGUCAUUUUUGUGGCUCUGUAUCACACAUUAUUGUCACCCAAUGCCACAUUAAACACCAAUACACACAGUAGCUGUGUUCAUUUGGUCUCAGUACUAGUAGUGACGUUAUUUCUUCAGUUGAAGGAAGUUUCCAGCUGUCAGUGUCUCUGUGCCACAUGAUGCUGCUUUGAAACCAUUUUUCACCGUAUAAUAACAUCUAAAAUGACCACAGAGGCUAAAUGUUUACAUGUCUAGCCAAAUUAUUUGAAUAUUUAAGCUAAGUUUGUGAGUAAUAACACCCUUAUCUCAACUCUUAAAAGACUAUUCAAAGACACCUCCUUUGUAAUAAUCAUAAAAAAUUAAUAAAUAUUCGGCUAGACCUUGAAAAUAGCAAAAUCUCCUACUUCCUUUCAUAUUUUUAAAUUAAAAUUCUCUACAUUUUCUAAGUGGAAACUCUUGCAUUAAGGUUGUUUGGUUAUAUUUUCAUCUUCUUGAAUAUAUCUUGUGUGUUUUUAUAGAAGUUUAGUUUUGGGGGGUUUCUGAGGUUAAGUUUUAGUCUAAACCUAAAGCUAUUUUAAAGUUUCUACCACACCCAUGUACAUACCUUUAUAUUUUUGUAUGUCUUUGUAUGUUUUGUGCCUGAACAAAUGAACUAAAUAAGAUGAACUAAACUUGCUUAUGUUGUCCUCUAUGCUUCAGAAAUCUAUUCAUUCAAAUUGAUCAUUUAUUGUAAAAAAAAUGGAUGUGAAAAAUUUAAAAACACAGCUUUACCCCCUCUCACAACAAUUUCAGGUACUCAAAACUAUGAUGCUUCUAUUUUCUUUUAUAUAUCAUAAAAAAGCAUCAAUAUGAAUUUCAGUCAACAUACAUCAAAUACACUGUUUAAGACAUCCAUUUCUGUCAUGUACCUGGUCCGUACCCUAAUGUUAUUUACUGUAGAGGCAUUAAUAGGAACAAAUCUGCUGUGUCUUGUUGUUUAAAGGUGUGGCAGAUCCCAGAUGGGGGCCUCACUAGUCCGAUGACCGAGGCCAUCGUGACCCUCGAGGGACACAGUAAGAGAGUGGGAAUCCUGGCUUGGCACCCCUCUGCCUUCAAUAUCCUCCUGACUGCAGGUGAGCAGAUUCAUCUUGUCAUGGUGCCCUGUGACUGCAGAGAGCGUGGCUCAUAACCCUCUCUGAACUCCACCUGCGUGCAGUGUAGUUCAUGUGUUUUCCAUAUAUUUACAUUAUCACCCAAACCCAAGAGGCUAUGCUGAAGGACUGUGGCAGAAUAUCAUGAAGCCAUUGUUAAAGACAUAUGUCACCCUUUGAAAAACAGGCUACAAAUAGUCCUUUAUGAAUGUGCCAAACACUUAUAGAAAUCCAUUUGUGAAUGGUGAGCGUUUAGGAACGGCUCUUGUCUUACUGUGUGGUGUUCAGUGACAGCCAGUUCAAAUACUACUGCAUUAUACAGGCAAGGAAUUGGAUUUCCGUCCCUCUGUAAUUCAAAGUGUGCUGUGCAAGUUUAGAGGAGAGAGUGAUUAACCUAAAAAAUAAUUACACUUGGCUGCAAAGCUGCUGGAUUUAGUUUCAUUAGCAUAAAACCCUGAGGUAACAUAGUUUCUGGAGCUAGAUUAUUAACUCUUUGUGUCUGUCAGUUGUGCAAUAAGUGAGUUAGAGUGAGCGCUAUGGUACAAACAGGGCAGAAGUUUUAAAAUAUGAAGAAAUAUCACAGCUUUCUCAAACCAAGAUAGGAAAAAAACAGCUUUAAAGUCCCCCAUAAGCCUGGUUUCAUUUCUCAGAAACAUGAGAUAUUGCACUGGCUCCUCAUUGUUUUCAGAGAUGUACUAAUGUACUGGUGUACAUCUGCAUUGACAGAGUAGAUCCUUGUCUCAGUAUGCAAAGCUCUUGGAUGUGCUCCCAGGUUAUAAAUCAGUUUGCAGUCCCCUCUGGCUACAAAAGUCUCUUGCUUCAGUAUUGUUUUUCUUAUAGGAGCUUUGCUGCUUUAGUAACUUAAUUCUGCUUUAUUUCAAUAUCUUAAGAAACAUCUUUAAUGCAUUUUUUAAAGAAAAGUUCCAACAAAAAUAAAACUCAAACAUGCUGCACAUUCUGUCCACAAUAGGAGUCAUCUCAGGUGUUGUGUUUCUUGCUCAUUCCUUGCUCUGUAGUUUUGUUUAUUCUGAUCAAAAUUCUUGUCUCCAGGCUGCGACAAUGUGAUUUGCGUGUGGAACGUCGGCACCGGAGAACUUGUGUACCAGCUGAGCGAUGCCCACCCUGACCUGAUCUACAGCGUCAGCUGGAACAAGGACGGCAGCGCUGUCUGCACCGUCUGCAAGGACAAGGCUCUGCGCGUCAUCGACCCGCGAAGGGGCGCCGUUCUGAAGGUUGUUAUCCGUUUUUGCUUUGAGGGCAGAUGUGUUCCUCAUGACCCUUUUUAUGAACGUUUGAUUGGUUCUUUCAGGUUAAAGAGAAGGUUCAUGACGGCACCCGGCCAAUGAGAGCGGUGUUUCUGUCAGAUGGAAAAAUCCUGACCACAGGCUUCAGCCGUAUGAGCGAGAGGCAGCUGGCAUUGUGGGAUACUGUAAGUCUGCCUUGACUCCCAUUGAUUAACACUGAGAUUGUAGUCAUAUUGACUGAUUAUAUUCAAUGUUAUGCACACUUCCUUUGAAAAAUGAGCUCAGCAUCUAUUACCUCAUGAUCCCGUUCUUAAACAAAUCACUUUGUCUAACAUUUGAUGUAUCACAAUAGCAGCCUUGGUUAUAAAGAUAUUAUAAUAUUUAACGCUUGUUUACUUUGUAAUUGUUUUUUACAGAAAGAUCUCUCUGAACCAAUGGCAGUGCAAGAAAUGGAUACAAGUAAUGGAGUCCUUUUACCCUUUUAUGACCCUGAUACCAACAUGGUCUACCUGUGUGGAAAGGUAAGAACACAGGAUAGAAUGAAGAGUUACACUAGCUUAAUCAGUUAGCGUCAUUUUCUAUUUUGACAUUAUCUUCUGAUUUUUAGGGAGACUGCACCAUCCGGUACUUUGAGGUGACAGAUGAAUCCCCCUAUGUCCACUUCCUCAGCUUAUACAGCAGCAAGGAGCCUCAGAGGGGCGCUGGCUUCCUCAGUAAAAGAGGCGUGGAUGUCAACAAGUGUGAAAUUGCCAGGUAAACAUGCUGACAUGUGUUUCUCUGUGUUCAUGGUUAACUUGUUUACUUCUCUAACAAUCCUGCCAAGUCUUGCCAAUGUUUCAAACAUUAAACUCAUAUUCUUCUGUGCUGUAGAGCUCCAUUAUCAUCCUGAAACCCAUCAAUACCACAACCAUUAGCCUCCAGAAUGAACUGCAAGCUUUUCCAUCGUAGCAUUAAUUUGACUCCUCGAAAAUGCAUCACACAGUAGAAUACAAAUUUCUACAUUGUAUACUUCUAUAUUCAUAAAAGCAGCAUGUUAAACACAGCUUACAUUGUAGAGAACAAAAGGGUAUUAAAGUGUGCCUUAAAUACUCUAGUUUACUGUACUUAGAUCAGUUUAUCAAAAGUCAGCUUGCGUACCAAAUUCCCCCGCUGUAAAUAUUUAUUAUGGCAUUCAAUGUGCUUUUAUCUAAGCAGUCCCCAGCAGAUGCAGUUUCAUGAAACACCAUCACAUACAACUAUUUAAGGAAGUCACAAAGCCAGUAUUUAAAAUAGAACUGCAGUAUGUCACUGAUUUUGACGCGCUGAAACAUUUAGGUGUUGGUCUGGCUUUAUGAGUCAGCACCUAAAAGAAAAAAAACAUAAUUAAACACUUACCUCAUAAGCAAAAUGGAGAAGUCACCAGAAUAACCCUUUAGCACUUUUUUAAAAAUUGCUUGUCUCCUGCAGGUUCUACAAACUCCACGAGAGAAAAGUGGAACCCAUUUCUAUGACUGUACCAAGAAAGGUAACCAACGCAUAACCUUUGAAAAUAUAUAUUUCUGAAAGGUCUACCCUGUAAAUUACAUCAUCUGGAGGGCAGCAUAUGGUUCUCGAAAACCUGAAUUGUUUAGCAUUAAUAGAAACUUCUCAGAUGUGUGCACUUAUGCAUUUCUGUACCCUCAUGGAUCCUUGCUUUUGAACUGGUGAUCCCUCGUCUCUUAAGAGUGAAGGGUACGGUGUUUAUGAUUUCCAGAGUUGUGUCAAACUUAGAAUCUGAAGACCAAGGGACUUUUGUUUAUGGGUUUGACCCCAAUGAGCCAUCAGCUAUUUGGAUAUGGUUUCCUCUUUGCAUGGUACAGUUAACCUGCAUUUGUGGUUGCCUGAAAAAACUUAAUACCAACAGUGGUUUUUGGUUGUAAUAGUGGUUUUCAUGGUAUAGUCAUGUCUAUUUUGUAAAGAAGUGGUUUUCACUUGAGACGAUGUUGUACAAGGUUUUUCCCAGAUUCUGUGAAUCUUUAAUUAUUUUGGACUCCAGAUGAUGAAACCCUAAAGUCCUUAGAUUUGAACCUUAAAGGGAUAUUCCGGCGUAAAAUUCAUUUGGGUUCAAACACACCGUAACCCCUAGUUAGACACCCUGUCGAGAGAUGAAUGUUGCCGACUGCUUGCUUCUCUACUUAUACCAACUUUAGUAACGACCGCACGAUAGAAAUACAAAGCAGUCUCAGGAGCCACACGCAAACCUCAACCAAAAAGCCACUCUACAGACACAAAUAAUGCUCAGAACAGCACCGAACUUCAUCAACAGUACAUAUAGGGUCCCAGCCACAGCACUAGCCACCAAACAUCUUUUUAACUUUGACUGAUUUCUUUGGCAAAGAGACUAAAAACAACUCACCUACUCUCUUCCAGCAGCCACUUGUUUGUAGCAACAAACGCCAGAAUUUUAUGCCAGAAUAUCCCUUUAAGUAACAUAAUUUUGAAGUUGUUGAACUAUUUGCUCUCGCAGUCUCUCACAGAGUGAUGAACUUCUUCCCAUUUUUACAUCAGAUCGACUCAAAAGUGUCCUUUAUAAACUCUGCUGUGUCACUAAUCUGUUUUAAAUUAAUGUAAUUAGUUGGAGGAUGUUCCUCCGGGUGUGUUUUUAUAGCAUUAUGCAGUUUUUCAAGUAUUUUGUUGUCAGAACCUUUGUGAAACCCAGCAUCAGAUUUAGGGUUGCAACCCAGAGAUUACCUUUUUACAUUAGUUGGAUUACAUGCCUCUUUCCGUGCCCUGGAAAUCUUUCCAUAACUGUAAUAAAAAUCAAUUUCCUGUCUCCGUUCUGCGUCCCCAGUCGGAUCUGUUUCAAGGAGACCUCUAUCCGGACACAGCUGGCUCAGAGCCGGCUCUCCUUGCAGAUGAAUGGAUCGCUGGCCAGGAUGCUCCGCCCCUGCUGGUCUCUUUGAGUGGUGGGUACUCAGCUCCUCCAUCCAAGCAAAGAGACACCCUCAGAAGCAAACCCAAGCUGGUCUCGCAGGACUCUGGGACUGGGGCUGCCCAGCCCUCUGCAGCAUCUCCCACGUCUACUUUUACCUCUGCAGCUAAGGAGGUAGAAGAAGAGGCGCCACAGCCAAGAGUAGCCACAACAGAUGGAAACAGCGAGAGGCCGAAGCGAGAGGUGAGUGGAGAAAAAUUCGACAAAAAAAAAACAAGUUUAGGGUGAUCGAAUUCUGACUUCCCAAAAGGAGGACAUGAUUAAGCGGGGGCGGAGUCACAGAGUCGCACAAAGUUCAUUUUGAGAGUGUCUUUUAUGCGCUUCUAAGUCAGUAAAUCCACCUGACACAAAAUCAAAUGUCUUGUACAAAACCACAUACAUUUGAAGGAUUUUAUAAACUUCCCUGGACAAAGCUGGACAAGCCCGGAUAGCCUGGACAGCCCUCCAAAAAGAGGACAUGUCCGGGUUAAAGAGGACUUAUGGUCACCCUGGACAAUUUGAUUCCUCCUGCACUCUAAACAUAUCUAAAUCCACUUUACUGAUGUUUCACUGAUGGCUUCUUGUCUCCCUCUUGCAGGACGAGCUGUUGACUGAGCUUUUAGCGGAGAUGAAAGCCUUGCGCGCCGUCGUCCUCGCCCAGAGCCAGAGGAUCGAGCUGCUGGAGAGGCAGCUGGCUCGGAUAGAGGACGGGGAUGUAUGAGCAACGGUGAAGGAGCACUACAUUCGCAGGGGCAUUCUUUCUUAGUCCAUAGACCAUAGCCUUACUAGAAUCAACAGUACCUUAAGCUGUGUGAGUGGGAGAAUGUAGUGUAGGAUAGCAAACAAACUGUGAAUCACAUUCGCUCACAACCAGCUCAGCUGUUGUGAUGAAAGUGAGACAACAGUUUGUUUAUGCGAUAGGUUUUCAGACUGUUGCAGAGAAUUGGGUGUCACCUGCAUAAAGUGAUAGUGAUACAAUGUUGUGUUUUUCAUAUGAAGGAGUGUUGUAGCAGCUUCUCGGUGGUGCGUAUAGUGCGUUUUUGAGCUUUGCUGAAUCCUUGCAUUCAAUUUGAAGGGCUUCGAGGGCUUUAAAGGCACUAUCGCCUCAAAUUAAUGCACAAAAAAAGUGAUGAAAAGUGUCACAAAAAGAAGGUCAACAUGCUAUAGCAAAGCAAUUCAGUACCUCUAAUAUGAUUUUUUCUAUUUAGCACUAAAAAUAUAACCAUUAGGGCUGAUUAAUCAGGUAGUUAAAGCUGCUUAACUGUGAUGUCAUAUCAGAAACCCCAACUGUUAACUCAUUGUGUGACUUUGUACUUAUUUUACUACAUUUUAGGAUGCAGUGUGUAAGGUAAACGGUAGGAAAAAAAAUACUUCUGGCACAGAAAUCAUGAGCUUGACAGUGAAGAGAGGAGAAGAAUAGAUGAAGGGGGUGUAGUUACAUAAUUAAGUGUAUUAUAAUUAUCUCUGUAGUCUUUGAAGUCAAUGAAAAUCCCUUGUGAUUUUGUACCUCAUAGCUGUACGCUAAAAUGAAAGCUGUAACUUUACAUGCACUAAUAUCAACAUGACACUUGUAUUAUACUAAAAUUGUUCCAGACAACAGUUUGGUGUUUUUAGCCACAGGAAAGAGGAAGUAAAAGUGAAAUGUGAACCAUUUUCUACUGUUUGAAAAUUGCAUUUGUAUUGGUGUUAAAAGAAGGAAAAAUAUCUUUGAUUUUGUUUUUUAUUCUAGUUUUUUUUUUCAUAGUUAUUUGUAGACUCAUUCGUCUCUGAUCAUGUAACAAUGUUACAUUCCACUUCAAGUUAUCCCUUUAUAACUUCGCUAAUUUAUAUUUCUUUAUGCACUGACCUCUUAACACUAACUGUAAAACUGGUAGCAAUGAGACUACUCCACUGUUUAAACUCAAUAAACAUUCAUUCCUCCUUUGUAUUAAUUAAAUGACUUUUCAAGAUGUUUUGUUUGUAAAA